AAUACUAGGAAUUGCGCAAGAUUGAAAGCCUGCGCUACCCGUUCACCGCGUUUACCAGUAUAUUCAUUUAGUUACGCACAUUUCAUAACUAUGUUGCCUACACAAGAAGUAAAUACACUGACAGAGAUGCUGAUAUCUGGAUAUCGUCUAGAUGGCAGGUCAACAAACGAAUAUCGUGAAAUCAGCUUUCGCUUUCCUCAGGGAAAAGAUCCUAGUGUUUCUGGUUGUUGUGUUGUCAAAAUAGGUUCUACAACUGUAAUGGCGAAAGUUUCGGUUGAAGUAAUUGAGCCUAAACAUUUUCGACCUUCUCAAGGAAUGUUGUUUGUACACUUUGAUGCUAGUAUUUUAAAGUUAUCUAAAUCUUUAUAUCAUAAACAAAAACAUGAUGAUGAAGGUCGUCGACUGUCAACUGUUCUUCAAACAUUACUUCGAGAUAGUAUUGAUCUGGAUGCCUUAUGUAUAGUUGCUUGGGAACGUGUAUUUGCUGUACGAGUUGAAUUGCGUGCUUUAUCUUAUGAUGGUAAUUUAGGUGAUUGUGGUGCAUUGGCCGCUGUUGCUGCUUUAGCCGCAUUUCGUCGACCGGAUGUAUAUGUUGAUGAUACGGGUAAAGUAUUAGUCGAUUUCGAAGCAAAAUUUCGACCUAGAGUACCUUUAAGCAUACGUCGUACUCCAGUACUUGUUACACUUGGUUUAACUGCAGAUGCUAAAGUAAUUCUAGUUGAUCCUACUGCUCGUGAAGAACUUAUACUUACUGGUGGACGUGUAUUACUUGGUUUAACUAGUACUUCGGAAAUAUGUUGUUUAUAUACUACAGGAUUAUCUGUACCUAUUCAAUGUUCAUCACUUUCAAGAUGUAUUCGUUUAGCUAAUACCAAAGCAAAAAGUCUUGUUUCAUUAAUCACAUGGGUUAUAGAAGCUAUAUCUAUACAUAGAGAAGCAAAUCUAACCGCUGCUCACGCUCGAUCUAGUGAAUUGAAUCACUCUCUACUAGCCACAUUGAAUGCUCCAUUAGUUUUAUCCACUUCAACAUUUCUAUCAUUAGAGAAUAAAACGCAUCAAAUGAAUAUUAAUAAUGAUGAAACUGAUUUAUAUAUUCGAGAAGAAGGUGAAAUUCUACCCACAGAUAAUCAAUUUUCUUAUUCUGAUAAUGAUGAUGAUAUGGACAUUGUUAGUUCUUCUACUACUACUUCUGCUGCUGAUGAUGAAGAAGCAGGUGAAGAAGUGGACAGAAAAGAAGGAAAUAUUCAAUAUUCAAUAAAAUCGCAUCAUAAACUUGUUGAGAAUAAAAAAAAAUUCUUACCAUAUGGUGUUAUUGAAAUAUCUAGCAAUACUACUGAUAAUAAUAAUAAUAGUAAUCAAAACACUGAUACAUUCACAAUGGAUUCAAUGAAAACGGAUAUUUAUGAAUUUGAUACAAUGAUGAAUGUAUUUCAUACAGAUUCAAUGAUCAACAGUACCAAUUCAAAUACAACGAAUCAAAUAUUUUCUCAAAGAACGUAUCAUCCAGAUAAUAAUCAUAUUAUAGAAACUGUACACCGUAAACACAUUGAAAACGUUGAUGAUGAUGAUGAUGAUGAAGAUAAUGUGACUAUGUUGAAUUUGGAAUAA